AUGGCAGAUAUUCAGACAGAGCCCACCUACCAGAAGAAGCCAAAUGUCUUCCAAAACAACAAGAGGGUCCUUCUGGAAGAAACUGGCAUGGAGAAGCUCCCUUGGUACUACAAAAACAUUGGUCUGGGCUUCAAGACCCCGAACAAGGCCAUCGAGGGCACCUAUAUUGAUAAUAAAUUUCCCUUUAGUACUAACAUCUUCACCCAGGGUCGGAUCCUAUCUGGUAUGGUGACCAAGAUGAAGAUUCAGAGGACCACUGUCACUUGCCAAGACUAUCUCUACUAUAUCCUCAAGUACAAUUGCUUUGAGAAGCGCCACAGGAACUUGUCGGUACACCUGUUCCCCUGCUCCAGGGAUGUCCAGAUCAGUGACAUUGUCACAGAGUAUGAGUGCAGGUCCCUGAGCAAGACAGUGUGCUUCAAUGUGCUUAAGGUCACCAAGAGUUCAGGAACCAAGAAGCAGUUCCAGAAGUUCUAG